AUCAUUCCAGUCCCUGAGAUAGGAGAUGGGAAAUGGAUACCGCCUACUGGACCAAACCCUAUUCAAAACCCCGUUUCCCACACUAAAUCAUCAUCAUCUUAUGUUCCUAUUAUUCCGGUUCCUGAGAUUGGAGGUGUUAAGAGGAUGACGCCUACUGGUCCAAACCCUCUUCACAACCCUGCAGCCCCUAAAUCAACAUCGUUCUUUACAUAUGUACCUAUUAUUCCAGUUCCUGAGAUUGGAGGUGUUAAGAGGAUGGUGCCUAGUGGUCCAGACCCCCUUCACAACCCUGCAGCCCCUAAAUCAUCAUCGUCCUUUACAUAUGAUCCUAUUAUUCCGGUUCCUGAGAUUGUAGGUGCUAAGAGGAUGGUGCCUAGUGGUCCAAACCGUCUUCACAACCCUGCAGCCCCUAAGUCAUCAUCGUCCUAUACAUAUGUUCCUAUUAUUCCGGUUCCUGAGAUUGGAGGUGUUAAGAGGAUGGUGCCUGGUGGUCCAAACCCCCUUCACAACCCUGCAGCCCCUAAAUCAUCAUCGUCCUUUACAUAUGAUCCUAUUAUUCCGGUUCCUGAGAUUGGAGGUGUUAAGAGGAUGGUGUCUAGUGGUCCAAACCCUCUUCACAACCUUGCAGCCCCUAUAUCAUCAUCAUCAUCUUAUACAUAUGUUCCUAUUAUUCCGGUUCCUGAGAUUGGAGGAGUUAAGAGGAUGGUGCCCGGUGGUCCAAACCCCCUUCACAACCCUGCAGCACCUAAAUCAUCAUCGUCUUAUACAUAUGUUCCUAUUAUUCCGGUUCCUGAGAUUGGAGAUGUUCAGAGGAUGGUGCCUAGUGGUCCAAACCGUCUUCACAAUCAUGCAACCCCUAAAUCAUCAUUGUCCUAUACAUAUGUUCCUAUUAUUCCGGUUCCUGAGAUUGGAGAUGUUAACAGGAUGGUGCCUAGUGGUCCAAACGCUCUUCACAACCCCGCAGCCCCUAAAUCAUCAUUGUCCUUUACAUACGUUCCUAUUAUUCCGGUUAAUGAGAAUGGAGGUGUUAAGAAGAUGGUGCCUAGUGGUCCAAACCCUCUUCACAACCCCACAACCCCUAAAUCAGCAUAGACCUACAUAACUCUUGUCCCUCAUAGUGAAGAUUUGAAGAGAUCGUCUAAUCCCCUAUUGAUCCAAACCCCAUUCGGCCCCUCAAAAUAAUAAUGAUAGGGUGAUGUAACUUUGUAUACCAUGUUUUUUAUUUGUCACAAAAUUUUGAUUUAGUGUUGUGUAUGACCAAUGAAUUAGAAUGAAUAAA